UUUGCCGGUCCCAUCAGGCUUGAGCUUCCAUUUCUCUUGUUCUCAGAAACCAAAGCCAUGGCGGUCGCCGCCUCUUCUGGAUGCUCUGGUGCACUUCGGCUGACGGCACAUCCAUGGAUGCGAGCCGUCCGCUGUUCGUCGUUCUCCUCUCCUUCCUCAUGUCCAUUUCCUCCUCACUCCUCAGUGGAGUCAUCCUCAUCGCCUCCCCCUCCUGAGUCCCCUUCGACUUCCUCCUUCUUCCCGAAGCGAGGGAAAUCACUGGAGCUCGUCUGCGAAUCCCUCGCCUUCAGGGGAAUAGGGGUUUGCAAGGUAGCCGACACGGGCUUUGUUGUCAUGUGCGACCGCGCUCUCCCUGGCGAACGUUUCAUCGGUCGCGUAUCCCGGAAGAAAGGAAAUUACGCUGAGGUGACGAAGCUUAAAACGAUCACCCCACAUUGGGACUUAGUUGAAGCACCAUGUGAGUAUGCUUCCUACUGCGGUGGUUGCAAGACCCAAAAUCUUCAGUACAAGGCACAACUGAAGGCCAAGGAGCUUCAAGUUCGAGACUUGAUCAUCCAUGUGGGUAGGUUUUCCAGCAUGGACUGUGAAAAAGAUUGUAUUUUAAAACCUAUCGUUCCCUGUGACUUGCAUUUUCACUACCGAAACAAGAUGGAGUUCUCCUUUGGUGCUCAGAGUUGGGUGCCUAGUGGUGCUUCUCGGGGGGACCAAAAGUUGACCGAGAAUGGCUAUGCAUUGGGAUUGCAUAUUCCGGGUUUUUUUGAUAAGGUGCUCCACAUUGAUAAAUGUAUGUUGCAAACUGAACCUGCUAAUAAGGUUUUAGCAAUUGUUCAAGAUUGUUGGAGAGAACCAAGCCUUGGCCUUUCUCCCUAUGAUGUACAUACCCACUGUGGAUUUCUUAAACACUUGAUGCUAAGAACCGGAAGGGAUAAAAAGACCGGCUUUGCAGAAGUAAUGGUUAAUUUUGUAACAUCAAGCUACAAACCUGAGUUGCUGGCACGUCUUGUUGAGAAGAUUUCAACCAUACCUGAAGUGGUUAGUGUCAUGAAUAAUGUGAAUUCAUCUGUUGGUAACACAUCUGUUGGGGAGCAAGAAUACACUCUCUAUGGAAAAUCAACCAUUAACGAAGUUUUAAGAGGACUUACUUUCAGCAUAUCAGCCAAUUCUUUUUUCCAGACGAAUUCUUACCAGGCUGAAGUUUUGUAUAAGUUGAUAGAAGAUCUUGCUAAUCUUAAUGGAGACCAGUCUGAGAUUGUGAUGGAUCUCUUUUGUGGAACUGGAACUAUUGGAUUGACUCUUGCAAGAAGGGUAAGACAUGUCUAUGGAUUCGAAGUUGUGAAACAAGCUGUAUCAGAUGCUCAUCGAAAUGCUGUGCUCAAUGGCAUCCAUAAUGCUACAUUCAUUCAAGGAGACCUCAAUAAAAUUGAUGAUGAUUUUGGGAAAGGAUUCCCAAAACCUGACAUUGUCAUCUCAGAUCCUAAUCGCCCAGGCAUGCACUUGAAGCUGAUUAAAUAUCUACUUAAUCUUCGGGCAUCCCGGAUCAUUUAUAUUUCAUGCAAUCCAGCAACCUGUGCACGUGACCUUGAUUACCUUUGCCAUGGUCUGCCCGAGAAAGAUUUAAGAGGGAGCUAUCAGUUGAAAUGUGUACAACCAGUGGACAUGUUCCCUCAUACAUCUCACAUUGAAUGUAUCUGUGUGCUGGAGCUCUGUUAGCAAUUGUUAUAUUUUAUUAAAUUGGUAAAGUGUGAAGCGGCAAUCAUCUGACAUCAAUCUUUCGGCUUGCAGUUCUCAUAGGUAAAUUCAAUGCAUCAUGAAGAAUUAGUAUGAAAAGGCAUUAGCAAGCAAUUGAUGAAAUCUGUUACUGCGUUUAUUAAAGCCAUCAUGAAAUCUCUCCACUCUCAAGUUCUCUUGAAUGGAUCCAAAUUUUAAGGAGUUCAAUUGCUACAGUAAUAAUUAGAUUUCUCUUCUAGUGCGCAUCCUUUUCCAUCUGAAGUAGCUGAGUGGUCUUUUUUGACUCGUUUGAAGGUUAGAAUCACGCUCCAAAAUUAUGUGCAACUUAAUAACGACUGCAGGAGCUCUUGUAAUAUAUUCUUUGAUUUCCAUUUCUAUCUUGAACUAGUCUUUAGCACUGCUAUUUUUAAUCUAUUGUAGUACAUACUCAAAGCUACACUUCCCUUUGUCAGUAUUUAAUCUUAAAAAGCUUUCUGUGCCAAACCAUUCUUUCAUAU